AUGUCUCAUUUUUCUCGCCCUGGGCCUAGUCAGGCAGCAGGGCAGGGGGGAGAUUCAGACGAUGAAGAUCCAUGGGGUGCCAACGGGCACGUCACGCGCGCAUACAAUGUCAAGCUAGACGAGCCGACAAGUGGCGCUGCUGGGAGGAGCGGCAGUCCGGUGACAUCGGAUCCACGUGCUCUGCUUGAUCUGCUUCCCGUCAUUUACGGCCAGGUCUGGCAAAUCUGCAGGAGGUGUGAAGCUGGCAGCUCGGAUGAAGAGGAGAGCAUAUCCAUCGGACAGAUGAACAGGAUGCUGCGCAGCGCAGGUGCAGGGGCGUCGGUUGUAGAAGCUAUCAUCACGCUUGCUUGUCAAUCCGCGCGCGUCUCGACUCACGAGCACAUAUUGUGCCUUUCUCUGCUCUCCCAAGCACAAGAUGGACUGCGCCUCUCCGUCGAGAAUGUCACCGAGGCCAUCGAAGAAGUGAUCAAUACAGGACAGGGCGAUUCGUAUCCAUUUGUCCCCACGCUAGAUCUAAAUGACGUUCGAGAAGCAUGCACGUCGAUGACUUCGUCCGUCAGUCAAGCCCGCAUUCGAGGAGCUUCUUCUGGAGCAUAUUCUAGAACAGGCGUCGGCACCGGUCCGGCAAGCACAGCAGCUCGAACCGACGCACAGCGCAGGGAAGGUCUGCCAAUCGUGAAUGAGCCUGAUAAUUUUGCGUACGGUGGGGCUUCUACCAGCGCCCAGCCAGCUGCAUUCAAGCCUCUGCUUCGCUUCGACCCUACGAGCACCGACUCACCGAGCGUCGAACCUCUUCCUCGGUCGACUUCCGGCUUCGCCUCUUUGGAUGGCGCUGGGCCUUCAAGAGCAAGGCCAAGCAUCGCCGCUGUCCAUGCGGCGCACUUACUGCCAGCGUUAUGCGAGGCGGACAGCGUCAGCGUCCGUCUACGAAAAGAGACGGGUGGCAUCUAUUUUCUUCGUCAUACGCUGUACUCCAUCUCGAGCACGUACGCGGCGCAAGAUGAAGCGACAGCUUUGCUGUUUGGUUCCACAGCUUCUGCCAGCGUAGAUGUCAGCUCGAAGAAUAGGAGGAAGAGCUGGAGACCUUCUUCGACCUCGGGCGACCCGGACGGGCUGAGCGGCGCAAGCGAGAAAUGGAACGUCGUCCGAAGAUACUCGGAUUUCACCUGGUUGGCUAACUGCUUGAUCAAGAGGUAUCCGUUCAGACUCCUGCCUAUUCUGCCGCCAAAGCGAAUUUCAAUACCGAUUGGGGGCAAACAAAUAGCUGGCUCGGAUCCGUUUUUGGAGGCCAGAAGGCGAGGCUUGCAAAGAUAUCUCCGUGCAAUCGUGACUCACCCGGUGCUCCGAGGCGAUGGACUUGUCAGGGCCUUUCUGACCGAGAAAGACUCAUUGACGGAUUGGCGUCUGGCUCAGCAAACCUCGAGCGCGCACCUGCUCUCUCCUUUCACAUCCACAACGAGCGUUCCCGAGUCACUUGCGCUCGUCGAAGAGUGUCUCUCGCCUUGCCUCUCCCUUCCGAGCUCUGCCUUGACGUCUCAGGCCAUUCCGGAGGUCAAUGAGGUCCAGACUCUUGUCUCGGCUUUCAAGGCCAGGAAUGCUCUGCUCGUCGAGCGGUGGAGUCAUUUGUGCAUAGUCUUUGAGCGUUUGGCCAGGCGGCUAGAAGGCCUAGGCUUGGACCAUGGCAGAUUCUCGCUCGCUUUGGCAAGCUUGAACGAAACGCUUUCGACGCGACAUUCUGGGCCGUCUGCGGAUGAGGAGAGGACAGUGGAGAGGACGAAGAAGGUGACCAAUUCGAUGGAGAGCUUGACGAACAGCAAUCAAGACUUCGCCGACCUGUGCUCUGCAAGGGCCAGCAAAUGGCUCGACACGCUGGACGGUCUCAAGUAUCAAAGGGAUCAGCAUCAAGCCGCGCGAGAUCUGGUCUCUAGGUAUGAAAAGCUGAUUCCCGAUAAUGUGGGCACGCUGCAAAAGCGUAUUCAAGCGUCUCAAAAGAGGCAGAGGGAUUUAGCAUCCCUGAUCUCCGCUCCUUCGUCGACGACGACGGACAAUGGAGCAGAAGCGGAAUCGAACAGAUUGGCGCAAUCUAUUGCGGAAGACAGGGGGCAGGUGGAUAGGUUGAUGAGGAGGAGGGAACAUGCUAGAUUGGUGCUGCAUGUCGAAUUGAGACGCUUGUUACCCUCGAGAGAGAGCGGCGUGGUGGAUGUGGUGAGGCAUCACGCAAGGGAGGAUUUGGGCCUGAUUGCUGCUGAAACUCUGGCGGCCGAGGAGCUGGUCCGCAGUCUGCUUGGAGCAUAG